CACGAUGAGAGCAGGGCAAUAUAAUUGCGAUGCAGCCUUAAUCCACUCGCCACAAUAAAAAAGCCGCCUUGCACCACCAACCGCCGAGCCAGGGCAGCCUUUUGAGCACCGAUAAUGGCCUUCGCACCAAGGAACUCAGCACCCAAAACCACCAGGCGCCAGCGCGACCUGCCGCGGCGGGCGGCGCCGACGCCGAAGACGAAGCACCGCCCGGUGCGCGAAACAAUCAAGCCGAAGCUCGGCCUCGGCGCCGUCGCGCGCCUUGGCGCCGCCGCGGCCCGCGCGCGCGGCAACGUCGCCUACAGAACCAGCGUCAUGCAGGAGCUAGCCGAUGACGACGAGAAUACGGAGCCGGACGACUUCUGGGUCGACGACUCGAGGCCCAAGGCGCCGCCGCCGCCGGUGCAGCCGUGGCUCGAGGACACGAUCCCCGCGGAGGCCGACGUCGUACAAAUGAAGGAGGACGUGGACCUGGACCCGCUCGCGCCGGCGAACUUUCCCCAGUGGCCGCUGCCAUCGAAUUCGAUCCGAGAAUUAUGUAGUGUGUGCCGCGUCGAUUUGAACCGGCGGUGUCGCCUGGAACAUCGGCACCGGUCGCCCUGCUGCGGCAAGAUGUGUUGUCGACGGUGCCUCGAGGCGGCGCCGAAUCAGGAGUGCCCCGUGUGUUCGGGCGUGUAUCGUGACGACGCCUACGCGCAGCUGAUGCGGCUCCAGGACGCGGCAUUGAAAGGAGACGACGCGCGCGCCGUCUACGACUGGUCCUGGUGGGAGUACCGCUCGGGCGACGGCGAGACGUUCGCGGCCGGCGAGAAGCUGAUCGACCUCUACGAGGCCGUCGAGCGCGCGCGGCGCGCCGUGGACGAGGAGGACGAGACGCUGACGGAUAUCGAGAGUUUUAAAGCCAGGCGCAACGUGCUUUCGCGCGAAUUGAGGGAGUUGACGUCCGGGACGCGCGCGGACCCGGACGGGCCCGAGGCGGCGUUGGCAAGAGCGACGUGCGCGAGGACGCGGGGCUAUUUGUUGCUGCGGAAGGCGGCGCUCAUGGGCCUCGCGUCGGCGUGCUUUGACUUGGCGGGGUUGUUUCUCGAGGGGCUGGUCGUGGAAUAUGAUGAUAGACUUUCUGAUUUCCUGCUCGCCUACGCAUGUGCUCAGAAGCUGCCCGAGGCGAGAGUCGAGACCGCCGAGCGCGCCUUUGAUGUAGGAGAUAAUGAAUUAGGCGCGAAACUCAUGGCCGAGGCCGCGCGCGACGACUACGAGGCCGCCGUGCGCCUGGUAUUGCCUCGAAAAUUGCCCGAAAAGGCGGUCGCUCUCGUACUGGAGUACCACGACGGGAUCGGACUGGAAGAACCGCCGCUUGUGGAGGUCCCCGUCCGGACCGUCGACAUCAAUGUUGGAGACGAAUCGGAAAUGCUCAGGAGCGCGCUCGACGCCCUCGAAGCGAGCGACGCGGCCCUCGACGCGAUGUCCAGCGAGGACCGACCGAAGGCGGCGCUCGAGGCUGUCGGGGACGUGCUUAAUAGUUUUGUAUCUUAAA